GUUCGACAGAAAGGAAGAGAACGACGGAUCAGACCCAGAAGGACACUCACUGCCAUCAGUAGACAUAGGAUGUGUUCGCCACUGGUUAUACUGGUGCUGCUGGGAGUCUUAUGGACACCAGUCACUACGCUGAUUUGCCCCGAGAUUUCCCCUUCACCAUCUGCCCCUCAUACCGUGAACAGUGUCAGGCCCUCAGAUGUGGCGGUGCUGUCAUCGAUCGGACUUCAUAGACACAGCAGUGAGCUGUCCAGCGUGGCAUCAAGACUCCAGGAGCUGAUGACUCUUUUCAACCCUGCGCUGACCAGUCCCUCGUUGCACAAGACAAACCUGUACUCCGAUGAAUUUGUGCAACCCAGGACGCUGGUGGAGCAAGCCGAAGAACUGUCUCUCUACCUGCACAGCGACCAGGCCGCUGAUAUGGAGGGAGAAUGGAAGCUGGUGCUUCUCUUUGUUCAGGUGGAUCAGCUCUGUGUCUUUGAGGACCACCAAAUUGAGCCGGCUGUCAGCUCGGCCCUUCGGGAGGUGGAGCGUGCUCUGCAGCUGCUGCAUUCUGAGCUGAAGCAUGCCAUCGUCAGCGUUGCAGUUUGGGACGGAGAGUACGACGCCUACCACCACAACAGAAUGUGUCCAUGUAUGGAAACAAACAGUGAGGGAGAACUCAGACUUCUGAGGCCCGUGCUUAUUCAGGUCCUGCAGGAGUCCUUGGAUGACCACCUGGUAAAAAAGAAGUGGUAUGGCGACAGAGAUGACUUCACUGUCAUUCUGCAGGACACACCUUUCAUCACGGACCCGGCCUCUAUGGCUAGUGGCAGCGCUCCAUCUGAGUCACAAGCGCGGCGCCAAAUUGACAACAUGUUGGUACAGAUGUGGGCAAACUUGCUGCAGCCCGCACGUGAGGAACACAACACACAGAACAAUGACGUGGUCCUCACAGUGCCAUGUCCCAGCGAGAACCGGCCUUUCUUAAGGACGGAGGGAAACUCUCCUUCGUAUCGCCACAGUGAUGCCUCUCCUCUGGUCCACCCAAUCACAGGCACAGUGCUACCCUGUGUGGACCUCCAACCUUCAAACUCCACACCCACCUCAGUGCACGCUCUGCGCCCUGGAGAUGUCAAGGUGGUGGCGGCUGUGGGAGACUCUCUGACUGCGGGCAACGGCAUUGCAUCCAACCCAAACGAUGUCAUCGAUGUGCUGCGUCAGUACAGGGGCUUAUCCUGGAGCAUUGGCGGAGAUGAAAACCUCACCACUGUCACCACUCUGCCCAACAUCUUGAAGCACUUUAACCCUCGUCUGACCGGCUACUCUGAGGGCAUGGGCAAAGAGCACACGCCUCAGUCCUUCCUCAACCAGGCCGUCGCAGGACAAAGGAGCAGGGAUAUGCCGGCACAAGUACGAGCCCUGGUGAAAAGGAUGAAGAAUGACUCGCGCAUCAGUUUUGAAUCUGACUGGAAGGUCAUCACCGUCUUUAUAGGUGGCAACGACAUGUGCGACUUCUGCUUCAAUUCUCUGUAUUUCUCUGCAGAGAACUACGUGCGGCACAUCCGCGAUGCCCUUGAUUACCUCCACAAAGAAGUCCCACGGGCCUUUGUUAACCUUGUGGAGCCUCUUUACAUUACCCCGCUGAGAGAAAUGCACGUGGACCCCUCACUUAAAUGCCCCACCUGGCUGGUCAAUAUUAUCUGUCCUUGCGUCAUCUCGCCUAAGGCGGGCUCGAGAGCUCUUCACCUGGUGGAGGAGAUGAACAGAGGCUACCAGCGCUCCAUUAAUGAGCUUGUGAACUCUGGCCGGUACGAUACCCGCUCAGACUUCACUGUGGUCACCCAGCCGUUCUUCAGGGAUAUUUUCGUCCCGAAGCUGCAGGACGGCCGGCCGGAUCGCUCCUUCUUCAGCGCUGACUGCUUCCAUCUCAGCCAGAGGGCACAGACCAUCAUGGCUCGCUCCCUCUGGAACAACAUGCUGGAGCCUCUGGGUUUCAAAACUACCAAAGAGAACUUUACCAGUCAAGUCGCUUUGAAAUGUCCAUCCAAGACCUUGCCAUAUAUUCGGACCUACCUCAACAGCAAUUACACAUAUGAAGGCCCCUCACCAACGCCUGGACCCGUCAAAAACUGGGGAAGUGACUUCUCCUGCGUGGACCUUGCACCAUCUGUCUCUGUCCCAACCUCAGCUCACAAGCUGCGACCAGGAGACAUCAAGGUGGUGGCGGCCCUGGGUGACUCCCACACCGCGGGCACCGGUGCCAAGGCAAAGAACCUGUUUCAGCUCAAGACGGAGUACAGGGGAGUCUCGUGGAGCAUCGGAGGAGAUGGGACUCUGGACACAGUCACAACACUACCAAACAUCCUGAAGAAGUUCAACCCAUCUCUCCAGGGCUUUUCCAAGGGCCAGAUCUCAAGACAGAAGGGCUUCAACAUGGCCGUGUCUGGAGCUAAGAUCUUGGAGAUCCCAGCACAAGUUAAAGCGCUCAUCAAGGCCAUGAGGGAAAAUAAGAAGGUGGAUUUUGAAAAAGACUGGAAACUUGUGACAGUAUUUGUUGGCGGAAAUGAUCUUUGCAGCUACUGCACCGACCAAAAUAACCUGUCACCCAAGAAUUACAGCGCCAAUCUUAUGCUCAGUUUGGACAUACUUUAUGAAGAGGUCCCAAGGGUAUUGGUUAAUGUUGUCGAGAUUGGACAGAUAGAUCCACUGAGAACGAUUAAGAAAAAUAGCUUGGGUUGCACCCUCCUUCAGAGGUUUGUCUGUCCCUGCCUCAUGCAUGCCGAGGAAAAUUCGCCAGAGCUCGAGGAGCUUAAACGUAUCAACCAGCUGUACCAGAUGGAGACUCAACGUCUCAUCUCCGGAGGUCGCUACGACGGACGAGUGGACUUCACGGUUGUCCUUCAACCCUAUUUACGCAAUUUGUUUGUCCCAUACAUAGGCGAAGGCGUGGCUGACGUGAGUUUCUUCUCGUUGGACUGUUUCCACAUCAGCGAGCGAACGCACGCGGAGAUGGCCAUCGGCCUCUGGAAUAACAUGUUGGAGCCAGAGGACAGAAAGCAGGUCUACAAUAACUUCACUUAUGACCGCUCCAAGAUUCGCUGCCCCUCUGAGGCUCAUCCCUUCAUCUUUACCAAGAUCAACAGCCUCCCAAGUCCACCUGUGAGCAUCACCACUGCUGCUCCGGAGCUACACAGUACCAGUAGCUCCAGCCCUCUGCCAACGCUCCCUGCACCCAAGUGUCCCUCCGCUCUGCCUGUGUGGGUGCCAGUGGUUGCAGCAAUCUCUAGCUUACUGGUUGGCAUUGCCGCUGCCUGGCUAUUUCUCUCCCGUAGACAAAUAAAAGAAAAGAAAAAGAAAAAUGAGGAUAGAACAUUCGAAACGAAAGCCGCUGGUUUUUAAUGGAAUGGUUAAUGCAAAUGUAUGCCGGCUCGCAUACUCGCAUACACAAACGAAAUGAAAAUCACAUCCCAUUAAAAGCCACCCAGGGCUUCCCAAAUAUUUCUUUUGCUGCAACCCACCCACAGAGAUGCUUUUUGGCCCAGGACCCACUGAAUACUUUGUACAGUGAAAUAAUAAAAUUCUCAUUACUUGUCAAAAAGGAAGAGGAUUAACAAUCCUUUCCGUGUGGUUUAUCAAUGCAGUUUUCCUCUUUUCGGUCUUCAGUCACGAUCGGAUGAAACCGAUAAGGCGUGUCAACCUCAAACACUUCGGCAUACAAUUCAACCAUUGCAUUGUUUGCAUUGACUAACAGUAUGAAAAUAAAUGUCUUUUCUUUAUUUUCUCUACAUUUAAAUUCUGUCUGUAAACAAACUCUAAUUUAAUGUAUAUAAAGUAUGGACUUUUUUGAUUUUUUUUUUAGAUAUUGUAGUGAAAUUGUGAACUGUUUCAUGCAAGUAAUUUUCCACUUUAAAUACAGCAUUCUCUAUUUAUUGUAACAAUAAAAUGUUUGCUAUACUCAUUUGUCUCAAUGUUCACC